GUCUUCCUCAAGUAUGAUGGAUCUGACUUUGUUGAAUGGGAGUAUCCAGAGUCCUGUAAUGUCAACAACAAAAGGUAAAGGAAAAAUAUGAUGGAACAGUCACCAUUUGGCAUCUGCAGAUGUACUGUAUGUAAUUAUUGAUCAAUAUUUUACAGUCCAUUACAGUUCCUCAUGGGUUUUAAAGGAUACCUUCAUUGCCUUGACUUCUAUCUGGCACUACUGUUUUUAUUGUGAACCCCAUUUAGCUCCCCAAAUGCCAUCAUGAAAUGCACUUCUCCUGGUUUCCAAAUGGUAAAGCCAUUGGUGUCCGUAAGUACCUUCUUAAUUUGAACUGAAUGUUAACAAAAAAUUAUUCCAUCAAAAAGCCUUAAUGUUUAAAUUGUUAUUUAUUUGUAAUACUUUAUAUUUCAUGAUUUGAACAGUCACCAGAGGAAGAAGAGACACGUUAUCUUUUCAUCAGUGAUUCGUUUUUCAGUUUUAUCUGGUAUGCUGUAGUGCCAAUUGACAGGUAAAAUACUAUUCUCUGUAUAUAUGUGGAUUAUGGAUUCUAGCUUUUUUGUGUGUUGAUAAUGGCUGUUUUAAAAUGUUCUCCUUUAGAGGUUCAACAGAAACAAGCUCCAAGGUAAAAUAGACUUUACAACACAAAGCUUUAGUAGUAAAUGGCAGCUUAACGGAAAGAUCCUCUUAACUUAUUUCAGCAAUGUAAAUUGUGGCAGUUUUUCUUUCAGAAAGUGAGAAUGUGGAUCAUUGAUCCUGAGCAAGCAGACCCUGCUGAAAUUAACAACACUGCACUUGUACCCUCAACGGUGAGACCAGUUCUGGCAUCGUCAUCUCUGUCAGAAAUUCAUCAAAGUAUCUCAAUUGUACUUACAAUUUUCAGUUGCAUUCAUGUCCCUCAGCAAUCCAGAUAUAUCACUAAGCACUUCUACAAUAAAGGACAGUAUCCAGUGAUCACGUUAACAUCUAAGCAGACACAUCUGGGGCAUUUCCAGAAAGAUGGGUAAGCAUACCACCCUAAAAGAAUGGCAGAAUAAGCCAUGUCAAUAAAAAACGAAUUCUGACAUUCCAAUAAUACACAAUAUAUACUCUCUACCAUAGGUACUGGGAAGCAGUCAUCCCUGGUGAUGAAAAAUACAACGAUUUUCACAUUUAUGGUCAGCCAAUCAGUUUCCAGCAUCGCUUUGUCAUAGAAGGUCAGCACACAUUCUACUGGCCAGAACCCACGGAGCCCAAUGGGGAGAGGGAGGUGUCUUUGCGUCUGGCCCCAGGAAGCCCUUUAUUACUGGUGUGGGGCACCUGUGAGCUCUACCACGGCCUGCUCCUCUCCGACACAGGCGCCCUCAUAACCAAGAAUGCCUUUCUCACCUCUGAGGAGCUGAAGGUGGACCCAGGAUCAUUGCCUGUCCCUCCCGAGGGAUAUUUCACUGUGGACCAAGCUGCUCUUCUUGAGGACGGCAUCAUAUUUAGAAUAGAUGGCGCCCUCUACUGGAGGGACAACCAGGAUCGUGUGCUGACAGAACAUCCUCAACUUCCCACGAGUGGAGUGAUGGGCCUCUAUCAAAGAACGUGCUGCGCUAGUAACUACCCUGUUCAGGUAAGCAUCAGCACCUCCCAAAGGGAUUCAAUGUGAUUGAAUGUGAAAAUCUAAGUAAAUGUGAAAAUCAAUGUCGUAGUCCUUCCAUCUCCACAUUUAAUCACUUGUAAAUAACUAUGGUUUAGUCCAAAUAAGACAGUCAUAUUGUUUCUCAAUGCAUUUUCUUCUGUAUUUUCAGGAUGUGGAACUGAGCUCUCUAAUUGUGUGGAAAGACAAUGUGUUGCUUGUGGGCCCAAAGCAAUUAAAAAACCCGGGUAGGGCCAAUUUCCUAAAAAUUGUGUUGACGGUUCCUCCAACAGUCACCUUUUUAACAGCGUCAUUCGGCUCCCACCCGGCCUCCCUGGCCACUUUGGUGAUGAACUCCGUCCCAGGCGCCAUCCCCCGCUCCUUCCUCACCAGUUACAACGAACUGGUCCCUAGUUGGAUAACCAGCACAUUCAUGACCAAGUUUAAGCUGAAGGACAUCCCCAAAGGUCCCUUUGAAAUGCGUUUCCUGGAAUCAGCCGACGCAUCCCUGCUGCUGUGGAACAAAGAGACCAUCCUCUACAGCUUUCACAAUGACAACGAGUGGGGCGAGAUCAGACCCUUCAACGCAUCACACCUCAGUGCUGCAGCCAAUGGCAGUAAGAUUCACCAAGUGGCCUUGGGUAAGAUCUCCUGA